UAUUGCCCGGCGCCAGCUCUCUCGAGAAGAGCAGCCUCCUGCAGGGUGGCAGGUCGUGGACCAUCCGACCCAUGUAGCUUGCCGAGGGACAUCGCCCAACCUGGAGAACAGUGCAGUGCAGGCUUCUCUGAGGUAUUUCAUGUGUUAUGGCCCGUGGACACGCCGCUACGCACAUCUCCCGCACACAUGUGUACAGUGCACGGCCACUAGGAUGACAGACUGGUUAGUCGUACCCACACAGCACAGGAUAUCCUACGGAUAUCCGUAUCAUAUCCGAAAUGUCCACUGUAUGUCCCGGACAUUCCAGAUAGCCUGUGAAUAUUGUAUGGAUAUCCAUAACAAAUCUGUUACAGAUAUUCAUUAGCUAUUGUUUUUCGAGGGUAAAUGUUUCUUGUUCUUACUUUAAUGGAAAUUAUUUAAAUAAGUAUUUCAUAUGUAAAAUUACAUUAUUGCUGUAAUUUUUUAUUUUUGAAAUGUUAUGUAUUCUUCCAAGUGUUUGUCCACAAGGGAUAUCCCACAGAUAUCCAUGGAGGAUGUUCUAUGGCUCAGAUCGCGCCGUUCUUUUGUUAUCUCUGGUUGUGAUUCGUUUACAAAAAUUAAAUAAAUCCACAUGGCUAAUAAAAGAAAGGCGGCAGAAGUAUGAAUACGCAGGUAUGUAUUGUGCUGUUAUCUAAAAAAUGUUUUAUCUGAGAAACGAAUAGGAAUCCAUUCAUCCUUUCAGGGUAAAUUGCGUAAUAAUGUAGUAUAUAUGAAAAACGUAUGGGUAAACAAUUAAUGGCGGCUGUUGUGUCAGGUAUUGUACUGGAACAUACGAAUUGUGAUUUCUCUCAAACUCUUAGGAAUUAAGAAACGCGCUUUUAAAGGUAAAUACAGGGACGUGUGUAGAAUGUAAAAAACAUAGUUAUCGAUUUUUUUUUCAUCGGGAGCGCCUCUGUCAGAAUGUACCAAGGUUUGUAUGUUCACAGGAAAGCAACAGGAAAAUAAUGAAAUGCCUAAGGUGAAAGAGAAAUUAUCUGCUCGUCACUUGCUUCGGAUGACAACAGAAGAGACAUGUUCACGCUUGACAUAUUUGCAGACGGUUGAAAAUGUUUCACAUGUUUCCGGUUCAGAAAUCAAUACACUUUUAAAUUCGGGGAGCUCUUCAUGUUCAGGAAGUACAUCAUAUUUAACACAUUCUGAAAAGGAAUCUGAAACAGUUAUUAUUUCUGAUAAAAUUAGUACGCCGCAUCUUCUUAACAAUGAUUCAGACAGUACACUAAAUACUGAUUCUUUGGAUAGUCAUAAUAUAUUCAACAAUCCACCAGAUUUGAAUAUUUUGCUUCCAAAAAUUAAUCUGGUAGCUAUUUCUAAAAUCCCUAACUUGGGCUCUGAAAUUGCUGAAUUAAACCACAACAUUGCUAACUGGGCACUUGAAAAUAAUAUAAGCCUUGUUGCAUUAUCGGCUUUGCUAAAAAUUUUGAAAACUCAUCCAUGUCAUGCUGAAUUGCCAUCAGAUGCGCGAAGCUUUUUGGGAACACCUAGGCAUAAUAAAAUUAAACAAAUCAGUCCAGGAUGCUACUUUCAUUUUGGACUGAAAAAAGAAUUGGAGCAUUUUGUAGGAAUUUUUUCAUAUGAUAAACCAGUUUUAGAACUUUCAAUAUUUGUGGAUGGAUUGCCAUUAUCCAGAUCAUCAAGUAGUUGUUUCUGGCCUAUACUUGCUUCAGUGGUCCCUUAUAAACAUAUAUUAAUUAUAGGAAUUUAUCAUGGUUAUGAAAAACCAAAAAGUGCCAAUGAUUUUUUACAUGAUUUCGUUGAAGAAGCUGUUUUUUUAUGUAAGGAGGGGUUGUGUAUUAAUGGCAAAAAUUUCUCAGUUUUAAUUGGACAAUUAAUAUGUGAUGCACCAGCAAAGUCAUUUGUCCUGAAUGUUAAAGGUCAUUCAGGUUACUCAAGUUGCACAAAGUGCUGUGUUCAGGGUGACUACAGAGAGCGUCGAAUUUGUUUUCCUGUUAAUGAGGCAAACAAAAGGACAGAUGAUGCUUUCUUACAUUUACAGGAUGACGAUUACCACCUUGGCAUCAGUAUUUUGGUUCAGAUUCCUAAUUUUGGCCCUGUUUCAAAUGUUCCACUGGAUUAUAUGCAUCUUGUAUGCCUAGGUGUGACAAGAAAAAUGAUACAUUUAUGGUUGAAAGGCAAUGCAUGUGUAAGAUUGCGGAGUUCAAAUGUUGCAGUCAUAUCAGAUUGUUUAGAGUCGAUACGAGGUUACACUCCAUCCGAAUUUGCAAGGAAACCUAGGUCUUUGACAUUUCUGAAUUUGUGGAAAGCGACUGAAUUCCGCCAGUUUCUGCUGUACACAGGUCCAGUUGUAACUCAAUCAGUUUUGGAAAAUGAUGUGUAUCUUAACUUUCUUGGACUACAUAUUGCAAUCAGAUAUCUUUGUACUGACCAGAUUUCGGUUGAGCUUCUUGAAUAUGUGCGAUUACUACUUGAACAUUUUGUAACAUCUUUUGGAAUUUUAUAUGGUACAGAACAUAUGUCACAUAAUGUUCAUGGAAUUCUUCAUUUGACUGAUGAUGUCAAAAAUCUUGGUCCCCUUGAUAAAUUCAGUGCUUUCAAAUUUGAAAAUUAUUUGCAAGUAUUGAAAAAACGGAUCAGGAAAUCAGAAAAGCCACUCCAGCAGUUAAUAUGUCGUUAUAGCGAAAUAAAAAUGAAGUCAUCUUCUAUUGAAACAGAGAGGCCUAGGCCUACAUGUAUUAAAGUUAAUGAAAAAACUACACAUUUGGAUGGCCCACUUACACAGCAUUGUGUUGGACCUCAGUAUAAAAAUAUUAAAUACCAAAAGUUUGAAUUUUUCACUUAUAAAGAAGCAGACAAAUGUUGUGGUUUUGAAGAUGGCACUAUCAUACUUAUUGAAAAUAUAUGUCAUUCAGUUGUUAAUAAUGACAUAGUUAUAAUUGGGAAGGAAUUUUUAGUGAAAGAUGAUUUAUACUCAAUUCCAUGCAAGUCAUCAGAUUUGGGAAUAUAUUUAGUUGAUUCAUUAUCACCCAGAAGAAGUUGGCUAGCAUCAUUGGUGUGCAAAAAAUUUUACAUGAUACCUUACAAACAGAAGUUUGCAGUAGUACCACUGCUUCAUCAGGAAAAAUAAGGUGCUAUACUGCAAAUUAAGUACUUAUAGUAAGUUUGAAUUUUGAUUACAGUUUUCUUUUGGAAUAUUAUAAUAAAUAUUUAUUAUGAUUAGUACCUAUAUUUUUGUAUUGAGCAGCAAUCAGAAUUUGUGUAGUUAAAUUAUAGUCAGGUUCAUACAUAAAAUUUUAUAUUGGGAAUGGGAUGCUGAACUCUGCACAAUGAAUAACAAAAUUUUAUUUUUGGUACCUACUUCUAAAAAGAAAAAUUCUUGAUAGUGCUUUUCAUUUUAUUUCAGUACUGUUGAUAUGCUAGGUAAGAUAUGAAUUUCAUAGACAUAUUACAUAAAAAUUAAACUAUAGUACAAAAGUGCUCAGAUUUCAACAUUAUAAGCUCUUAAGCCAUAUAUAGGCUAAGCACUUAGCUCAGUGUUCCCACAGCUGUUCUUUUAAUCAAUAUAUGUUUAUAUAAGUUGUUGAUUACAAAUAGGGUUAUUCAUUUGUUUACACCUCCACCUGCAUAUAUACAUUUGGUGCAGAUUGUAGUUCUACAUCAUAUCAAUUUAUUGUUAAAAAGGGUUACACAGUAGAAUUUUAUCAUUACAAACACCAUUUUCCUCAAUGUAAAAUAUUGUUUUUGCUUUGGAAUGACUAUUGAAACAAAAGUUAUUGUGAUUGUUGUAAUAAAUUACUUUUUCAAAUAUGGACAAUUUCCAUAUAACUUAUGUACUUUCCAAACUCUUUCCAAUCUUUACUAAAACAUUUUGGGGGCUGCAGCUCUUUUAUUGCCACAUACUCAAUAUAUUUCAAUGCAAAUUUGUAACUGCAUAUCUAAAUUUGAGUAAUGAAUUUAAUGCCCCAAACAAAUUAAGAAAUUAUGUUUAACUUACAAUAUGAAAUCCACAAGAAACACAAAUGACAUAAAUUUACUGCACUUCAUAAACAUCAACAUAUAAAAUAUGGUAAAACACAAUAUUAGUGUUGCAGUAACUGUGGGCUAUGCUAUAACGUAACUUAAUUUGGGACACAUCAGUCUAUUGAAUGUAUAUUUUGUAAAAAGAACCUUUUAUUUUCUUAUCAGGACAUUGGAAACGGUGAAAUCUCACACAUUUCUAUGUGAAUGACGACCAGUGGUGCAUUUUUUUUUUUUUUUUUUUUUGCUAAAAUAGGCUAAACCGAUACUCGGAUAUUGUUACAUGUUAGGUUUUGCUAUAGUUUAUUAAAAUAAAUUAAUAUUUAGUGAAAAUAUUUUAUUUUAUUACUACAAAAUUGGAAACAGACACAUUCAAUAUAUAUUUAUAUUUCCUGACAUUGCUCAAAUUUUGGUACAGCUGCCAUUUUUUGUGUUCUGAUUUUUGACCACAUUAUACAAACACUUUAUGAAAAUAUUUGUAUACCAACAUUUAUGUCCCAAUUGUCAAGCAACAUUUAUGUCCCAAUUGUCAAGCAACAUUUCCUUGUGGUAAUGAACCAAACAAAAUAUAAAAAAAUGUGAAAUUGUGCAAUGGAGACCUUAAUUGCUAAACAUGCUCACGAUAUUUCGCUAACAAAUGGUUUUUCCCAUGAAAAUCACAAAUGGCACAAUGAAUAUUUUUUUUAUCAGUGACAAACUUAUCACCAGGAAUGUGAACUAUUACUGGUAAACGUGCAUGGCGACAGUUACAAUUCCAUACACCCAAAUAAACUGAAUGGUCGAAAUUUAGACCCCUGUCGAAUUUAAGGUCAUUUACCUCAUGAUUUUUGUGUAUUUCAGAACAGGUAUGGAGCCAUAUUCAAUUGUUGAAUUUUCUGAUGGUCAGCAAAUUUUACCUUCCAAGUGGAUAACUCCGAAGAAGAGCCAUGCGUAUUGGCCUGCAUUUACCUCUAACAAGCGAUAUGAUACAGCUGUGGAAAGACUGGAACCUUAUGAAGAUUCAUGGAAACAGUUCCCUCUUCUACGAAUAAUGGGCACAGCAGAUACUUUUGAGAAGGGGAAAAGAAAGCUAAGAGAAGCUGAAGUUUUCUCAGACAUAAAUUCAGAAGAUGACGCUGAAACUGCAAAAAGACGUAGACGUGAACAUGCCCAAAGGCAUAAUUCUUCGAGUUCUGAGGAUGAAUAUGUGACCAAAGAAACAAGAUUGCCAGUUUUCCCUAAAGCACCUAUACCAAAACCAAAACCUCUUGUUCGUGAAAGAAAUAUACCUUCAUCAUCUACAAUUCUUAAUUCUGGUGACCAUACCAGCCAAACUAUGGUGAAUGAACUGCAAAGUACACCAUUUCAAGAAAUGAUCAUCAGAAUGAUUACUGACUUAAAGAAUAAAUUGGGUGCGGUGAUGGUGACCCAGAGAGAAAUCCUCCAGAAAUUGGAGAAAUUGGACAGUGUAAAGAUCAGUCUACCCGAAACAAUUGAGAGCUCUGGAUAUGAACAAAUAUUAAGUGACUUCCCUUUGACUAAUGAAGAACAAUUGUUAGUAGUGGAAGAAAAACUAAACAGUGAAGAUUAUAAAAGAUGUCUGGUGAUUGAGCUGUCCAAGAUUGGAGGAGGAGACCUGAAGUCAGUUGUCAAAAAUUUACUGGAGAUAAUUUUUACCAACACACUAGCAGAGAAAUUUAGCUAUGUGGGUGGGAAAAAGAAGAGAGUUUUUUCUGCAUUGUUACUGUGUAAAAUUAUCCAAGAUAUAACUAGGAACCACAUAAAAGAUGCAACAAAUGACAACAUAGCUGCCAUAAUCAAAGCCUGGCUGCGACAUGCAAAGGAGCGAAUGAUGAAUGAACAAGUGAGAAUCCAGAGGUUACAAGUUGCUGCAGCACCAGCAUUGCCUUGAAUUUUAUAUUAUUUUUUCACUAAUAAAUACUUUUCCAUACAAAUACUGUA